AUGAAAUUCUUCGCAGCCAUCGUUCUUGUCGCCGCUGUGGCUUCAGCCACCCCCGUGGAGCGCCCCAGCGCCUCCGCAAUUUUAGAACACCUCGCCGAGGCCAUCGCUGCCCUAAAACCUGAACCUGUUGCUGUGGGACCCGCCAUAGUAGGUGCUGACUUGUCACCCAUCGCCAUCGGACCCGCCAUCAUUGAGAGCCCAGAGCCCGUUGCCAUUGGACCUGCCUGGGUUGAAUCCCCCGAGCCCAUCGCCAUUGGACCCGCCAUUAUUGACGGACCAGAGCCUGUUGCUGUCGGACCCGCAUGGAUUGACUUCCCCCUGCCCGACGGUGGUGCUGCCUCUGCUCCCGUUGCGCCCUCUCCCGUGCCUGUCAUCCCCGGCCCCGUGUCCUCUGAGAUUGCUUCUGGUUCUCCUCUUGUUCAGAUCAUCCUGAACAUCAACCACGCUUCCGCCGUGCCUGAGCCCGUCGCUGUUGGUCCCGCCGUUGUUCCCGCCGUUAUUCCUGAGCCUGUCCACGUUGUGGACGUCGCCCCUGAGCCCGUACAUGUUGUAGAGGUCGCCCCUGAGCCCGUGCAGGUCGUGGAGGUCGCCCCUCCCAUUCCUCCCAUCGCCGUGAACCCCAUCGGUGUCGUCGCUCCCGAGCAGGUUGAGCCUGUCGUAUCGGCGUGCCUGUCUUACCCCAGCCUAUACUUAACUAAAUAUUGUCAUCGUUUAUCCGAUCUCACCGAAACAUUUUUCUACUGGUUUAAAUAA